GGCGAAUGUGUAAUUAUCCGCUUCGUCUUUCAGCGGCAGGCAGCCAAGUGAAGUGAGAAGGAGAGAGUGGGAAGUUGAAGUUGAAUCCAUAGAACUGGUUGGCGUCUCUUCAAUUUGCCCGGAAAUGGCAGCCUGUGCGAGCACUACUUGGAGCAUGUCGUCUCUCCGAUCUGCCCUGCCCUCUGUGCAAUUGCAAAGGCCUCUUCAGCUUCCCUCAAUUGGCUUCUCGAUUGCUUCUUCUUCGUCCCGCCUCAGAAUCUCUCUUCCCAAGCCCAAAUCACUCGGUUGUUUCGUCGGCCUGGCUCCUCUUCACCCGCUUCUCCCCCUCGCCUCUCAAGAAUUCACUAGCUUUGACCAUAGUUUUACCAUUAUCGACAAUGGGGGCCGAUUCUUUGCCAUGAGACACGGGAAGAGAGUCCCGAAACUCAACAGACCCCCGGACCAGCGCCGUGCAUUGUUGCGAGGCCUCACAAGUCAGCUCCUCAAGCACGGACGCAUCAAGACUACCAGAGCAAGGGCUAGAGCGAUGAGGAAGUAUGUUGAUAAAAUGAUCACGCUGGCCAAAGAGGGAUCCCUACAUAAGAGAAGACAGGCUCUUGGGUUCAUCUACGAGAAACAGAUUGUCCAUGCAUUGUUUGCGGAGGUUGAAGAAAGGUAUGGAGAGCGGAACGGUGGAUACACGAGAAUAAUCAGAACCCUGCCAAGGCGAGGGGACAAUGCGCCUAUGGCCUAUAUUGAGCUUGUCUAAAUUCAUAAAACUUGGUGAUUGUUUUUGUUGUGCUGGAUUCUCAUGGCUUUUGCCAAAUUUAGGCACGGAUUGGGAUUGCAACCCCCUGGAUGUUGUAGUUUACUCCUUGAACAGGUGGUUAUUUGAAUAUUCCCAAGUCAUUUCUGAGACCCACCCAGUUACUAAUGUUCUCUCUGUUGACAGUUGUGGAGGAGGAUAAUGCUCGAGGGAGGGAGGGAGUAUUUAAUAGAACAUGUCAAGUCAGUCUGGCUACUAAUGGUCAUGAUUGAUUGUAUUAUUAUAUCAAAGAAAUUUGUUUCUA